AUGGCAGAGGCUGUUGUCGGGCUCGCAGGAAGCGUCGUCACGCUUGGCAGCUGCAUAGCGGCUCUGAAAGGAUUUUCAGAUGUUUGCAGAAAUGCCAGGAAAACGUUGGGAAUAUACCAGACAACGCUCAAGAGUAUAAAGAUGUCAAUUGAUCUCUUGGACUCCCUGACGUCGCGGACCGGACUGAAAUCUCUUUUGACCAUGACGGUAGACGGCAAAGAAGUGAAACUUGUCGAGUUCUUUUCAAGCAAUAUGAAUAUUGUACUCGAGGAUCUGAAGAAACUGAUCAACAACUUCACAGCGGCACAACGAUCGACAGACCUCGGGUACAUUCGAAGAGUGAUUGCGACGUUCAGGAAAGGUCGCCGUGCCUUGAGCCUUUUCGUGAACGAGGCUCAUAUCAAGAACCUGAUCCAAGCAGCAAAGAAUUUCGAAUCAUCGUUGCAAUUGGGGCUAUCAAUAGUACUAUGUGCGCAACACGACAUCAGACUGUUGAACAGACCAUACAGAGAUACAUUGUCUCGUUUCACGAGCGGCAGAGCGAUUGCCAACGCCCUACGACCGAGGCAGUAUUUCUUAGGGAGUCUCCCGAGGUUGGUAAAGACGAAAGACAACCAGAACUUUGAUGUUGACGCAUUCCAGGAUACAUUACCAGAGGCUGAUGCAAGCAUCUCAAUAGAGACCGAAGUUGAACUACAAGAUGGAUCAGAAGCAGAUCUACAUGUCGGCCAACAAGCAGGAUCCAGCGUAAGACCUGGUGCUCAAGAGAUUGAGGAAGACUCGGGUUCACAACAAAACGUUGUCAUCAUCCACAACAACGGAGCCGUCGACAUGGUUAACCACUUUCACCGCCGGAGCCAAGCUGCAAUUCAUGAAAAUGUCGACUCUUCACUUCACCAUGGAUCUGGAGAGACACCAGACAACGUUCUAGACGAGACUAACGGUCAGUCCGGAGCCGAGGAUUAUGUUUUUUCAGAUUCGGAAGAGUCGACAGUGUCAACAGACAACAAUACUUUUUUUGGACGUUCGCGUACCAUGAUCCACGAUAGCACGCUACUCAAUAUUCGACGACAAGGAACUGUUUUCAUUGACCGAGCUGUCGCCAUAGCAGAGUGCAGAUCACAUGGAUCGGAAGGCUUCCAUUUCUGCGCGAAGACCAUGAUGCUGGACGAAGAUGGCGCACCAACCCUUAUUCUCAAAGCGCCGUGCCAAAUCAACCAAGACUGCGAACAUUGUUCCGUGCAUACCAUGAUAGCUGUUGAUCUCCAUCAAGAUUUGCCCCUUGCACUUCAAGUUCUUCUAGAGCAGCAAAGGCCACUACACACUUCUGAUGACAGCACCACUUCAGAUGGGGAUUACCUCGAAUGUACCGUUGUUCGCAGUACAGCCAGACCAGAAUCACACACCUUGGUGUUUCAGGAGGGGAUCUAUGGAGAGCAGUAUGCAGUGCGGACAACUUUCACGCUCUCUUCCAGUCCCCAGGUUUCCGAAAUUGAUUCAAGUGGUACCAACCGGGAUGCCAACAGUAAUAUUGACAAUGAUACUGAGAGCACUGUAACGAAUGAUACGACCACGAACGGUCUCUCUCCAUCAGAGACCGAAUCAAUCUACGGCGAGGGAGAAGAUGAUACCAGCAUCGACGGCGGUGUGGACGGUGACGAACUUGAACAGACGGCCGGAACCGACAACGACGUCGGCGAGAACGAGGAUAGAUCCAUGUUUUCUGAUUUCAGCAGCAUGCCGUGCUUCUUUUGCGCAAAGGAUGCUCUUCGACCUAGACUCAACGGUCUGGGAGUUCAAUCUCUCCUGGUCUUCGAAAACAGAUCCUUCGGCUACGCCUGCCAUCGAUGCAACAACAGGACGUGGGUAUCUGGUGCGAAAUUCGGACUGUCGGUGCCCGGCGCCGCGUGGGAAUGGUGGACUUGA